GGACGAUCAGUUUAGUACUCGGCGUUACGUACAUGCUUUACUGUGUAUGAUAUCAAGUUGUAUGUCUCAUUAUUAAAAUCAGUGUUUGAACAUCGACAUGGAGCACAUGCUGAGGGAAGCGUCAACAAUGGUUCUCAUAUCACUGGUCCUUGUACUGGCCAUGUUUACCUCUACUGUCAAUUGUCGGGGAUAUUCAAAGUGUGCUAACGUUAAAGCGAAUGAUCCCUACCAAGUGGUAUUUAAAAACAACCGAUGCUACCACAUGGUACAGGAUUCAAUCUCCUGGAACGACGCUGCCUCCGCGUGUCGGGCCAGGAAUGGAACACUGGCUAUAAUCCGAAACUCGGAAACAAAUAACAAAAUUAGUCAGAGGGCUACUAGUCUGGAUUCUAACGACAGAGCGAAUGUGUCGUUUUACUGGAUAGGAGGAAAAGUACAAACCGCUGAAGCCGCAAUCACGUGGGAGCGAGAUAUAAAUGGAGUUGCAAUCGUUAACCCUUUCACUGCAUACGCUUUGAAUGAGCCCCUAAGUUCUGGCGAUAGAGGCUGUCUACUUUUGGAUCCAGGGGAAAAGAGCUGGGCAACCGAUUUCUGUCAGGUCGCCAUGGAACUAACAGGAUAUGUGUGUGAAUACAAACCAAAUGGUUCGGAGUCUAAUUUACGAGCAGGGAUGUCAAAGCUGCUGGUCACAUUUUUACUGACUGUCGUUCUUGGUCAUAUGGUAUGACAUGGAGGUUCUGGCCACGUGGAUUGACAUAGGUGUUCACGGUGACUACAUUAGCACACUCCCGAGACACGUUUCAUUCUGCCAUCAACAUUAAACAGAGCGUUCUGUUUACCCGUUUAUGGUUUUGUAUGUUUACGCUGAAUUUUUCUAAUACUGGUCUUUCACCAGGUGGUGGUUAAUACAGAAAGUGCAUCAAUGCUUUGUAUUGAACAAAAAAAUUCCUCUUAAGGUAGCUUCCAUAUGAACUGUUAUGGGUUUUCUGCUGUAAAACAGGACAGAUUGGAGAAUUGUACAUAUCACUUUUCCAGGUCUUAAUAGCAUAUUGUAAGUUUCAAUUGAUAUAGUUCCAGAUUCAUUUGAAAUUUGUAAAUUACUGCGUUUAGUUCAAAUAUAUCAUAGAUCGAUUUUUAUUAUACACAAGAUUUUACAAUUUAUACAUGACAUGCUUUCUGAGGUGUAAGUACAAAUUUACAUAUUUAAAAAAUACACAUUGAAUUUUAUAAAAACAGAUAUCACACGUUAAAUGGUCAACAUUCAAUGUCAUGGUUUAUUACGAGCUGGGAGGAUGUCCUUUAAUAAUUGCACCUACAAGCAAAUUUCGUAUACUAAAUUAUGAAUAUUUUAUAACUCUAUUUUGAAAACGGUUAAAUUAUCAAACAGAUAUAUGUUUUCUAUUGGAUAAGCUAUGUCGAUAUAGGCGUUGUAGUGUUGGUUUAGGUGAUAUAUUUUCAACUCAAUACUGUGUUAAUUGUUAUGUUUUACUUUUGAUUAAUCAGUAUUUGUUUUCAUUCACUAGAUAUUUUAAAUAUUGUAAUUUUGUAUGUAGUGUGAUAGGGUUAUCGGCACUAUGUUGAGAUAUAUACAUUCGAGUGUGCCCUAUUAGGAUUAUACUAAAGUGAGAUAAAGAGAAAUGUAUUACCAGAAAGAAGUUUCGGUAUGUAAAACAGUACAGCUUUAAACGUAUCAAUUAUUGAAUAUAGUAGACGAUUGUGUAUGUGAUGUUACCAAUUUGAGAAAAUAUUAACUGUCGUCCAUUCUUCACCGCACUGAGUUCAGUGCUCCAUAUACCAUAACACGUAUCUGAUCUUUGUAUACAUGCUGUAAGGCUUAACUUAAUAAAGUAAUGGAACUUAU